GCCGAAUCAACCCUGCCGACGUAUUCACACAGAAAAAUAGCACUGACAAGGAAGGACGAGAAGAGCCAACAUACUUACUUAUAUCUACUUUACGAUCCAUUAACUCCAGUAUCCUUUCAGAUCGACUUUGAUUGGCUACUCAGUUCGAAACAAGAAGAAGUGAUAAAACCUAAAUGCUCGCAUUUCUCCUUCCCUCUUACUUGACUUGCCGUCACACACAUACACCUACACUUGCACCCAUCAUAAUGGCAAAUCAAACACCCCCACCACAACGCCGAUGGAAACAGCUGUAUGAAUCUCUCCUCCUCAACAUUGCAGAGUGGCAGCGAGAAUCAUCAUAUCCUUCUUCCUUACCUCUUACAGAGACUAGUCACCAUCCGGAGCCUGUUACAGCUAACAGCAUGGAAAACAUCAAAACAGGUUACGCGCAUGGGUGUUUGUUGGAAGAAGGACGAGGGAGUGCCGAGUCGAAGGCAUUGCUAGCGACAGGGAGUCAAGCUAAGAUCUAUGAAAAGGAUGUGGACGAGGGGGUAGAGGAUGAGACCAUUGAGCAAGUAGGGAACGAUGAUGGCGAUAUACAAGACCACCCGAACCUACGGAUGCAGUGGAAAUGGACUCUAGUGUCGAAACGAGACACCGAAUAG